CGUCUGAUAAGAUGAAUUAAAUAGAUGUAUUCUUGAGUUGUGCAGACUUUAAAGACCCUCACAGAGACAUGUGACCUAACCCCUAAGGUCGUUAUAUCACAUGAUAUUCACGAGGAUGAGCAUGUGAUUCACCAUAAGAACCAGUUUGUUUUCUUGCUGUCUUACAUGCAGCUUCUCUCAGAUGCUUCCAUAACUCAGGAACACUGACAUCGUUAUGGGCCAGCUGUUUUCAGCAGAAGAAGAGCUUUCUGAGGCGAGGGAUGCGAUUGGUUCUCUCCUCUACGAUGCCAUGGUCGAAGGCGGAGCCGUGCACGACCUCGGCGUCGUCCAUCCUCUCCUCCUGACCAAUCAGGACGAGAGCUUGGACUCCCGGGCCCGCCUCCAGGAACAACUGAAACAGCUGCAGGGCGACAUCGGGAACAAGGCGCCAACGUACCUGAAGGACCUGAUUGGCCGACUGUCGUCCUUCUCCGAUGAGCCACGCCUGGCCGGCCUGCUGGGAUUGGCGGUUACCGUGGUGAUGGACAUGGCCUACACGUCCUCGAGACGGUCAGGCGUUAAAGGGAAGUCGGCGGGGUCAUCGUCGCGCCAGCAGAGAGUGUCGGAGCUCCAGGAGGUGAUGGAGGAAUACCUGAAGCGCUGCAGGAUCAACCUGAGUGACAAAAGCCGGCUGAUCCAGGACUCCAUCAGACUUGAGGCCCAGCUGAGCCUCACCCUCACCCAGCUGAAGACCUGUCUGCUGGGGGGAGACUGUGACUCCAGGUCUCUGAGGCACUGGGCCAGUGGAGCAGCGUUUCACAUCCAGAUGUUGGUCCACCUGGCCGGUCUGGAGGGUCAGACUGAACCUCUGGGUGCAACGGCUGCACUGGAGCAAUACAAGGAAGACCUCACCCAGAUCAUACCUGUAUACAGGCGUUAUAAGUCGAAUACAGUGUGCGUCGUGAAAUGUCGAGGGGCUCUUCUGGCGUCAUGUGACUCGUCCAGCGAGGCCCCGGAGGAUGGAGCCAUGACGGGACUCAGUGUGACGGACAGAGAGACGGGGAGGACGGUGACCGUCCCUCUGUCUGACAUGGAGACAGGGAGAAGAAGUAGAGUCUCUGGGCCCGAUAGCAACUCUGAAGCCGCGUCCUCCUCCAUUAACCUGGACCUUAUCACCUCAGAUCAGUACGCCCAGGCCUACCUGCACCACCUGUUCUCUGAUAAGGGACCUGUGGCAGAGCUGGAGAGCUACUUUAUCACGGCUGGUGACAAUCUGAGGACACAAAGAAAUGAACCAGGAUGUACGAACAGCACAGGGGGGAGGAACGGGGGAGAGAAAAGUGAUGGAGGGCUUUUAAAAGGCCGGGCAGAGGGCAUUGAUGGAGAACGAAGAGUGGACGGAGGUGAUGGAGGAGACGAGAUGCAGGAAUGUGAGCAGAGAGAUGAAAGUUUACAUCUGAGUAUCGUGGAGACGCAGCCGGACGAGAGGCUCAAUCUCUGAGCAAGAAGUUCAUGAAAGACACGACGGGAGAAGAGAAACAUUCAACUAAACUACAGAGUUUUACAAUAAUGUUUGUUAUUUAUUCAGAAGCCAAUUAUGUUCCCAACACACAAAUAAAAUGUUCUAAUGGUGGAUUUCUACUCUAAAUGCACUGGUGAAUUAAAAGCAAUAAA